CUGUCUAUGAGGCAAAGAUGGUACCUGUAAAAAGUUAUAUGAAUUUCCUGUGGGUUUCACAGGCUAUCGACUAGUAUUGUUUGAUCUAUUUUUUAUGUCGAUUUUUCAGUUUGUUAGAAUAAUUAUUUUAAUAAAAGCAUGGGAAAGGCAAAGACACAUGCAAAAGUUCCAAACCAUCAAAAGGGAGCUCCGAGGGGGAAGUUUAUAAGUCACAAACAUCAUGGAGAACACCAUCAUCAUCACCAUGGUGAUCAUGAUUACAAGUACUUAAUAUUUGUCUUCGGAAUAGCACUCUUUGUUGGUUAUUUGCACAAUCAACACAUUGGUUCUAUGUUUGAAAAUCAACGUUUCUUUUCCCAUUUGUCAACACUGGAGCGUGAAUUAUCAUUCCGAACUGAAAUGGGAUUAUAUUAUUCAUAUUACAAAACAAUAGCUGAGGCUCCAUCAUUUGUUAAUGGUUUGUAUCAAAUCAUUCAAUGUAACAUUACUGAAUAUCCUGACAAUGUAAAUGUUUUAAGAAGAUUUAAUUUGUAUCCAGAGGUUGUGCUGGGUGCCUUUUAUCGAAUAUAUCAUUCAUUUGCUAAUAUAUUUGAAAUGGAGACAAAGAAAUGUUACAGUAUAAAUCGUGGACAGGGUUUAUCGCCAGUUCAAAGUUGUGUUGGAAUGGGAGAUAUUGCUCAUUUCUAUGUUUAUCCAAUUUUUUGGAUGAAUGGUUUGAUGAUAUCAUGCUUUUUCUUGCUUGGUACUUACAUCAGUGGAAACAUACUUGGAGGAGUGUUAGCAACUGCAUCCUAUUUUUAUAAUCAUGGAGAGGCUACCCGAGUAAUGUGGACACCACCUCUUCGAGAAAGUUUCUCAUUCCCGUUUUUAAUUGCACAAAUGUUGACAGUGGUGCAUUUGCUAAAGUGUCAAAAGCCAAGCAUGAAACAUAGUUUAUUCCUCGCUGGUGUCACAACAUGCUUUAUGUUACCAUGGCAGUUUGCUCAAUUUGCUCUGCUGACACAGGUAUGCGCGCUAUUUGGGUUGUAUGUUUUAAAGUUUAUCGAUUCAAGAAGAAUGAUGGUCUUAAUGCAAGGCUUGCUGCUAGCUCACAUACUUAAUUUUAUCGCACAAUUUGCGAAUACUCUCUUAAUUAGUUCAUUUUUUAUGGCUGCUAUGAUUGCAACUAUUAUUAUUGUAAAAAUGGAGGGUAUUUUGGAGAAAUUACCUCAUAGGAUACUUAUUUGGAUUUCACAAGCCUUCCUGUUUCUUUUGUUGUCUGUUGGCAUCAAAGUUGGAACAGCAAAACUCUUUCAAAUCAAAGAUGAUGCACAUAUAUUUGAUAUCUUGAAAUCGAAAUUUUCUGAUUAUAAAGAUUUUCACACGUUGUUAUAUGUUUGUGCUCCAGAGUUUGAUUUCAUUGGUAUGGAGUUUCCAGAGAAGUUAACAAAGACUGUUGUGAUUCCGUGUGCUGCUUUGGUUACAAUUGUGCUUUUGUUUAAGAUUUUGUAUAAUGAAUGGCGUUACUGGAUUAAAGGUGAAGAUUUAAACGAAGAAUAUCAACAGUGUAUUACAAAACCUUUUGCAGUGCAUUUUUAUUUACUUCUCCAAACAAUUGCUUUCGUCAUAAUGUCAAUUCUGAUCAUGAGGCUGAAACUUUUUGGAACACCUGCGUUAUGUUUACUUGCAAGUAUGGUAGCAUCACGUGAUAUAUUUGGUUUUAUUGGGAAAAAGACUCACCAUUACUCUGCUGUUUUCAUCAUCUUGGGCCUUAUGUCAAUCAAUGGUUUCUCGAACUUGAAAACACAAUUUGCUACAAAAGGUGAAUACAACAACCCUGCUUUAGAAAACACGAUUGAAUGGAUCAAUGCGAACACAAAAACAACUGAUGUUUUCGCUGGUUCCAUGCCAACCAUGGCAGCCAUCAAAUUGUCAUGCGGUCGACCAAUCGUGAACCAUCCACAUUAUGAAGAUUCAGGCUUGAGAGCGCGCACAAAACGAGUUUACCAAGUAUACAGUAGAAAGCCGUGUUCAUUCGUUCAUAAAGAACUUAAAGAAAUGGGCGUCACCCACCUUGUUUUAGAAGAUUCCUGGUGUACCAGAAGAACAAGACAAGGUUGUGGUUUACCUGAAGUCUGGGAUAUAGAGGAUCCAACCAAUAAGAAUAAGGAGCCUUGCUGUAGCCUUCUACGAAACAACGCUGCACCUUUUCGAGAAGUUUAUGGUAACGAUGUCUACAAAAUCCUUCAGGUGUAAGUCAUGUGGUGCGCAUGCGUUGUAUUUACCAAGAGAAGAAAAUAAUUUUAGGGUGUAUAAUUCUGCAUAUUUAUAAAGCUGAUAGAAAAUACUUUUUAAUGGAUGGAUUUGUAUACAUCAUAAUCAUGAAUUUUUAGUGCGCACAGA